AUGCGCAAUCGCAUGGCUGCUAUCCCAUACGAAAACCUAGCGCUUCACUACUCGACCCAUCGCAAUGUGACGCCGAGCGACGUCAUGCUGGAUGUGCAAGCGCUUUACAGCCUCAUUGUAGAAGGAGGAGCUUGGGGUUUGAUGUUACGAGCACGGCUGCCAGAACCAAUACGGCGUGCCAGGAUGUCGCCAGGAGUCCUGACUACAAGGGCCCGAGCUACAAUGCCUGGUGAAUUGUGUUCUUUCUCCCGGCGGUCGGAUCGACCCCAACAAGCCACUCAAGGCCCGUGGAACCUAGGACAAACAGCGAUGGGCAGAGUGUGUGUCUCCAGGCUGUCUUCUGGAGACGUGGGUACACGAGUUUGGCUGACUUCUGCACCUCUUGCCAGGGAUCAUCUGGUCAACCUCGUGACGCUAUCAUCACAACGCUACCUCGUUGACGUUGGCAUGAACGCCCGCGGCCCCAUUGUGCCUCUGCCUCUCAUCUCCGGCACCUCCACGUUCUCCGUCUCUCCACGCAAGACUCGUCCUGCUGCACGGCUCGAUCCCGGAGCAUACGACCUCGCACGCUCUGAACAUACUGUGGCGACUUGA